AGGAGGCGCGGGGCGAGUGGAUGCGGGCGCGAUGGACAGCGGCGCUCUGCCCCGGCCCGCGCCCCCUGCGCCUGGUGUCUCGGGCUGCUGCGCCGCUCGGCGGCGACCGGAGUCCCCAGAGCUGCUGCGCUGCAGCCGGCGGCGGCGGCCAGGCGCGGUGGAGACCGGGAGUGGAGCGGCGGCCGUGGCGCGGCGCAACGAGCGGGAGCGCAACCGAGUGAAGCUGGUGAACUUAGGGUUCCAGGCGCUGCGGCAGCACGUGCCUCAGGGCGGCGCCAGCAAGAAGCUGAGCAAGGUGGAGACGCUGCGCUCGGCGGUGGAGUACAUUCGCGCGCUGCAGCGCCUGCUGGCCGAGCACGAUGCCGUGCGCGCCGCGCUGGCCCGGGGGCUGCUGGCGCCAGCCGCGCGCCACCCACUGCCCCGCGGGCCACCCGGGGCCGCCGCCGCCUCGCCCUCCUGCGCCUUGUCGUCCCCGGGCCGCGAGCACAGCUCGGAGCCCGGAUCCCCGCGCUCCGCCUACUCGUCGGACGACAGCGCCUGUGAGGGCGCGCUGAGCCCCGCGGAGCGCGAGCUUCUCGAUUUCUCCAGCUGGUUAGGGGGCUACUGAGCUCUCGUCCCAGCAAGCCUGUGCAAGACCAGCGUUUGUUUGUCCGGGAUUGCAAAACUUCCUCUCGCUGCUCCGCCGCCGAAGUGGAAGCGGGGAGACGGAGGGGGGCGGCCCUCGGGCGGGUGAGGCCCCGAGGGCUUGCGGAUCCGGGGCAGAUUCGGGCGCUUGGAGGCGGAGUGACUUUGCAUUGCAAAUUGCGCGCCGGGCCGGGUGGCAGAAAUGAGUCGGCGGGGUGCGGAUCCCUGACUCACUGCGGAUCCGAGCGCUCGCCCCGCCCCGCCCCGCCCCGCCCCGCGCCCUGGCUCGGGCCGUACUCUGAAGCCGAGGCACCCACGGACCCGAGCUCCAAAAUCCACCGAGCAAACGAAACUGCCGGCUCCGCUUGUGGGAGGUGGGGGCAGGGCCGGGCUGGGCGGGGUCUCCCGGGCCGGAUCCCGCACUGACGCGCGUGCCUAUUCCCUCUUCCCUCCUAGCGGCCGCGAGCGGGCUCACCACUUGGGAGCCAGCGCGUUGGAACGGCUCACGUUUCCGUCCCCGCCAUUCCCGCGGGCCAAGCCACCACCGAGCCGGGGAUCCCGCCAACUUUCCCCGGCCGUCCAGCCUGACCAAGGGCUAGUGUGGAAGCGGCCCAGCCUGACAUCAUCCGGGCGGCAGCUUCCUCGGACCCCAGCCACUCUGUCCCCAGAGACCUUCCACUGGAACGGGUCUGCGGCACCAACACUUGGAGGUUUGAAGGGGAGAGGAUUUUAUGCCGACACAGAUAAUCUAUUUUUUACGCAUGAACUUGAACUGCCCAGGGACACUGACAGUGUGAACACUUAUUUUUGUGCAAAGAAUCCUUAGAUUUGGAACACAAUAAAGAUUGUCUACUCCCGCCCACUCCCUCUUCC